AUGCCAAUAGCUUAAAUUAAGCAACAUAAGCAAUAAAUAAAUGACAUUGUUGCAGAUUCGGAGAAAUUUCAAUUUAUUUGCGGAUCUCAAGAUGAAACUAUCAGUAUUUGGGAUUUUAGAAAUUAUUCCUAAUCUUAAGGCUUAAUUGAUCAUCAAGAUUCUGUACACAACUUAUUGAUGAUAAAAAAUUCCGAUACAUUAUAUACAAGUGGAGAAAAAUAUACGAUUUAAGAAUGGGAUAUUAUUAAAUAAACUCAAAAGAAUCAAAUUUCAAUAACUUAAUAACCUAUUUAAAAAAUGAUAUUUGAUUAUGAAAAGGAGAUCUUAAUUUGUGCUUAAUAAGAUGUUCUGGACUUGUUCAAUACUGAAUUGAUAUAAUUGAAUUCAAUAGAGAUGGAUUGGUCAAGAAUACAAGACAUUAAACUUGAAAAUGGUGUUGUCUAAGUAUUGGAGCAAAGAGGUGACAUUUUAAAGUUGCAUACUUUUUAACUUGAUUUAAAUGCUCAAUAAGUAGAAGACAGUUAAGCAUAAAUAUAAGAUAGCUAAAUUCCCUUCUCAUAAUUAAUGUAAUUUGACUAAUGCUUUUACCCAACAUAAUCUGAUGAAAAGUUAGACUAAAGUUAUGAAUAAGAAGCAUAGGUUUCUGAUGACAUAAUUACAACUUAAAAUCUCUCUCUUAAAUUCUCUUAAAUACUUUUUUCAAAAUCAAUUUAAGAUAAAUACAUCCAAGUAGAAAUCAUAAACGAAAUCUCCUUAGACCACAGCAAAGUCAAAAUGAUCCUAAAUGAAAGAAUAUCAAAGUUAAAGCCAAUUAUAAAUUUGUACGCUCAAAAUGAUAUGAAAUAAUGCAUUUAACAAAUUCGUCGUUGUAAUGAUAACUCUGCACUUAUUGAUUUGUUUGCUAUGUUAAGAUUUGAUCCAGCAUAGAGAAAACUAUAGGCAGAAGAUACAUUCUUAUUGUUGGAAAGUGCAACACUAUUACUAAACUCAAAAUACUCAUAUUAAAAUAUCAAAGGAUUGGAAUUUAUUAAAUUUUGUUUCGGCCAAAUGAAAGAUAAUAUUUUACAAUAUAAAAAUACAAGAAAACAAUUGUAAAAUAAAGUGUAGGACAAAAAUUAGAAUCGACAAAAGGCAUAUGAAACAUUGAUUCUGUAAUUUGAUAAAAUUGUGAAAUUGCCUAAUUUUAAUAAAUUGUUAAAAGCAAAGGAUAUUAACUUAGUCAAUCUAACAUCAUAAAUUAAAAAUGAAAUAUCAUAAUUUUUGAAUAAAUUAGAAUGA